CCGUUGGCCGCCUUGGCGAAAUGAGGUCAAGGGACACAUUUGACAUUUCUAAACAUCGCCAUACUUCGACAACCCUCCACCAUGCCGCUCGUCGACAACCCGCAGAUCAAGGCGGCGAGUCUGCAUGACCCUCUACCGCUCGCCCUCCACACGUACGUCUGGCCAUUUCUAGUCAUCUGGCCCGCCUUCUUCGCCGUCUAUCUCUCGGCGGAAAGAUACGAAAAGCACCUCCAGUCCCAAGAAUGGACUUUCGUCUGGUCAGGCGGCAUCUUCACUAUCCAAGCGCUGGUAUGGCUUAGCACACACUGGAAUGUGGACCUGAAAUCUUUUUUCACGUCCACCAAAGCCAGCGACGUUCGAUCUGCCAAACUCAUCAAGGUUAUUCCCGUGGCGAACGCAGGAUCCGCUGAAAUCUGCUCCCUCGACCGGGACAACGUUGGAGGGAAGCAGAACCUCUCAUUCUUGUUCCAGAAACGUCGGUUCCUAUACGAUCCCGAGAAAGGCUCUUUCGCGCCUCUCGCCUACGCCAUCGAUGCCGAACCGAAGCCUGCCCUAAAGACAUUCCAGCAAUCGCGUGGUCUUACUUCCCCUGUCGAUAUUGAACGCCUCCAGCAACACUAUGGAAACAACUCCUUCGACAUCCCUGUCCCUACAUUUACAGAGCUGUUCAAGGAGCACUCUGUCGCGCCCUUCUUCGUGUUCCAAGUCUUCUGUGUUGGACUAUGGAUGUUGGACGAUUACUGGUACUACUCGCUAUUCACACUAUUCAUGCUUGUGGUCUUCGAGAGCACGGUGGUCUGGCAACGGCAACGUACUCUGAACGAAUUCCGCGGCAUGAGCAUCAAGCCCUAUGACCUUCUGGUAUACAGGAAGAAGAAAUGGGAAGAAAUACAAAGCGAUAAGCUACUACCUGGAGACCUGGUAUCAGUGGGAAGGACGAAGGAAGAUAGUGGUGUGGCAUGCGACAUGAUCUUGAUCGAAGGAUCUGCUAUUGUAAACGAGGCCAUGCUUUCGGGUGAGAGUACGCCAGUGCUCAAAGACUCGAUUCAACUUCGUCCCGCAGACGCUUUAAUCGAACCGGAAGGACUGGAUAAAAACGCCUUCCUUUACGGAGGAACUAAGGUCCUACAAGUCGCUCAUGGAAUAUCUGCUGAAGAUGGUUCCGAUGUCGUUUCUAGGCUUUCGUCUGGUGUACCUCCACCCCCGGACAAGGGCGCAAUCGCAGUUGUCGUGAAGACUGGGUUCGAGACCAGCCAAGGAAGCCUUGUUCGGACUAUGAUUUACUCCACUGAGAGAGUAUCCGCCAACAACGUCGAGGCCCUCUUCUUCAUUCUGUUCCUUUUGAUUUUCGCCAUUGCUGCCUCCUGGUAUGUGUGGAAGGAAGGCGUCGCCAGGGACAGGAAGCGUUCUAAGCUCAUGCUGGACUGUGUUAUCAUUAUCACCAGCGUCGUGCCUCCGGAACUACCAAUGGAGCUCAGUCUCGCUGUUAACACCAGUCUGGCAGCCUUGAGCAAGUAUGCUAUCUUCUGUACCGAACCUUUCCGGAUACCAUUCGCCGGUAGAGUCGACGUUGCUUGUUUUGAUAAGACUGGAACCCUUACCGGCGAAGAUCUUGUUGUAGAUGGCAUUGCUGGUCUCACACUGGGCCAGAGCGGAAUCAAGACCGUAGAUGGCGCGCAUACACAGGUCACACCAGUCCUUGACGUGGGUACCGAAACUACUCUAGUUCUGGCAACUGCUCAUGCUUUGGUCAAAUUGGACGAAGGAGAAAUCGUCGGUGAACCAAUGGAAAAGGCAACCAUUACUUCUCUCGGCUGGACUGUUGGUGCUCAUGAUACACUCACAAGCAAGCAUUCAGCAAAGGCCAACCAAGAACCGUAUCACGCCGAUCUAGUACAAAUUCGACGACGCUUCCAAUUCUCUUCAGCUCUCAAGCGACAAAGUUCUGUUGCCACCGUGCUUCUCACCAACAAGAAGACGCAGAAGAAAACCAAGAGCACCUUCGCUGGAGUUAAAGGUGCCCCAGAGACCAUCCGGAAAAUGCUGGUUGACGUACCACCGCAAUACGAAGAGACAUUCAAGUACUUCACUAGGAAUGGAGGACGUGUGCUCGCUCUUGCGUACAAAUUCAUUACCCACGACUCAGAGCUCGGCAUGAACCGCAUCAAUGACCUUAAGCGAGAAGAAGUGGAAUCUGACUUGACUUUUGCCGGAUUCUUGAUUUUGCAAUGUCCUCUCAAAGAUGACGCCAAGCAAGCCGUGAGGAUGCUUAACGAGAGCAGCCAUCGGGUCGUAAUGAUUACUGGCGACAACCCUCUUACCGCAGUACACGUGGCCCGUGAAGUCGAAAUCGUCGACCGGGACUGUCUUGUCUUGGACGCGCCUGAGCACGACGAAUCUGGCGAAAACCUCGUCUGGCGCAGCAUUGACGACAAAGUCAGUAUUGCUGUGGACCCCACGAAGCCCCUUGACCCGGAAAUCUUGAAGACUAAGGAUAUUUGUGUUACUGGAUUUGCAUUGGCCAAAUUCAAGGAUCAACCAGCUUGGUUUCAGCUCCUGCGUCACGCUUGGGUGUAUGCUCGUGUUUCUCCUAAGCAAAAGGAGGAUAUCCUCAUCGGACUUAGGGACUGUGGCUAUACAACUCUUAUGUGCGGUGAUGGGACGAACGAUGUCGGUGCCCUCAAACAAGCACACAUUGGCGUUGCUCUUCUGAACGGAACGCGAGACGACCUGGAAAAGAUCUCAGAUCAUUUCAGGAAUACCAAGAUGAAGGAAGUAUACGAGAAACAAUGUCAGCUCAUGGCACGCUUCAAUCAACCGACUCCUCCUGUUCCUAUCAUGAUUGCACAUCUCUAUCCUCCUGGCCCUGGAAACCCUCACUACGAGAAGGCCGUGGAACGAGAGGCUCUGAGGAAAGGUGGCCCUGCCGCUAUUGCAAAUGGUACGGAUACAAAAGACCACAAUGGUGCGGUGACCAAAGCCACCCCGCAAGCUGUCCAGCCCACCACACCUGCGCAACAGAAAGCUCAGAGCAUGGCCGAUAAGUUCACACAGUCCAUGAUGGAGCAAGAGCUUGAUGACAGUGAACCACCAACGAUCAAGCUUGGAGACGCCUCUGUCGCUGCACCAUUUACCAGCAAAUUAGCGAACGUCAUUGCGAUUCCGAACAUCAUUCGUCAAGGAAGGUGUACUCUUGUUGCAACCAUUCAAAUGUACAAGAUUCUGGCCUUGAAUUGUCUCAUCAGCGCUUACAGUUUGAGCGUUCUUUAUUUGGAUGGCAUUAAGUUUGGGGAUGGGCAAGUUACUAUCAGCGGCAUGAUGAUGAGUGUUUGCUUCCUUUCUAUUUCUCGUGCUAGGCCCGUCGAGGCACUGUCGAAAGAACGGCCUCAACACAAUAUUUUCAAUUUCUACAUCAUUGGUUCAGUUCUUGGACAGUUCGCUAUUCAUAUUGCCACUCUGAUUUAUAUUUCGCAAUAUGUCCAACUCAUUGAGCCGAAACAAGACAACGUUGACCUUGAAGGCGAAUUCGAGCCUUCGCUCCUUAACAGCGCGAUUUAUCUCCUUCAGCUCAUCCAGCAAAUCUCCACUUUCGCAAUCAACUACCAAGGACGGCCCUUCCGGGAGUCCAUUCGUGAGAACAAGGGCAUGUACUGGGGCCUAGUCCUCGUCGCCGGUGUUGCCUUCUCCUGUGCGACCGAGUUUGUUCCCGAGAUCAACGAGAAGCUGAGACUCGUGCCCUUCACGAGCGACUUCAAGACCAAGCUCACCACGGUCAUGAUUGUGGAUUACGCGGGGUGCUGGAUCAUAGAGAAGGUCCUGAAGGUUGCCUUCAGCGAUUACAGACCCAAGGAUAUUGCGAUCCGGAGGAAGGACCAGCUAGAGAGGGAGGAGGCCAGGAAGAAGGAGGAAGCGGCUGAGGAGGAAAGGCAGAGAGAGUUGGAGGCUGAGAAGAAGGCUGAGGCGGCACUGGCUGCUUUAGGCUCAGAUUACAAGGGUACUUUCAACGCAAGGUUUCACGAGUACGACCUCAACAGACUCAAAGAGCUCGAUAGGAAGAUCUCCGAAGGACAUCGAGGAGAUAUCCGCUGGAUCUACGACAGAUAUAAAGCUCUUCGACUAGCUGCCAAAGCCGUUCUGGACUCGAAACCCAACGUUGUCACUACCGCUCGAAGCAUUACCAAAUUUCUGACACCCGUGAAAGCAAAGUCGACCCUCGUGCAUACAGGUACUACUGGUGCAUUUGCAGCGUUUAUGAAGCUUGCGUUAAUGGCAGACUCAUCUUCGACCAGUACAAACAUACUUUCGACGCCAGCGUAAUACUAUGAGCUUAGGGUUGACUUGGCAUUGUUAGGCAUGUAUUCAGAUAUUUCAUCAUUAAUCUUUCGGUUUCUACUUGACUGUGCAUAGGGCGCUUCGAGAGCUGGAUAGGAUGUAG